AGUACUGAUUUUUAAGAAGUGGACUUUUUCUUAAUAAAGUGGGAGGAGGAUGAUUUUUUUGGGGGGAUUCUUUUAACCUCUCAACUCACGAAAUAAAAAAAAACAGAAAGAUAAGGAAAAAGGGAGUUGAGAGGAUCGUUCCUCUUCUCUUCUCAUCAUCUCACCGUCACCACCUAACCACCACCCGCUCGCCUCAUGAAACAACAACACCAACACACUCACUUUUCUACCGGUGUUUUCUGCAAUGACAACAACUCCAACACACUCACUCAAAAACAUAAUCCUCCAUGUAACUCCUUUUGACAGAACCAAAUAGACCCACAAAAUCACCACCAUAUUCCCACCCUGAAAACAACACUUCCAUAAUCUUCCAUUUCUCAAUCAUCAUUCCCCUGUUCAGUUUCAGAAAACCCUAAAAAAAAUGGAUAUCUCAGAAAUUGCAAAAAAACUCGGAUUCUCCGAUUCAAAAAUCCUCAUCCGUAAAGCCGCCGAACUCCGUCGUCUCUGUGAUGUCCAAUUUGAUUUCUCCAUCAUCGGCGUCGGUGAGGUUGCCAAAGCUAUCAUCUGCAUGGAUAUCGCGGCGACGAGGCUUGGUGUUCUUUUUUAUCGAUCAUCUGCUGUGAAACUCAGUGGAAUGUCUGAGAGAGCUUAUAUCAAAUCUUACAAUUCACUUCACAACGGCAUCGGCGUCAAGUUGAAGCUAGAUGUGAGAGAAUUGUCUAUUCGAUUUGGGUGUGUGAGGAUUAUACCAUAUGUUCGCGAUGGUCUCAAGCUUUAUAAGGAUAGGUUUCUUGCUUCGUUGCCGACUGCUCGCCGUGCUAGUGCUGAUUUUACUCGUCCGGUGUUCAUGGCUGUUGCUUUUUAUUUAAGUGCAAAGAGACAAAAGCUUAAAGUUGAUAAGAUUAAGCUAAUUGAACUUUGUGGUACUUCUGAAUCUGAAUUUUCUAGUGUUUCCACUUCUAUGAAAGACUUGUGCCAUGAUGUUUUUGGGAUAGCUAAAGAAAAGAAAGACCCUAAAGAAGCUCAAACCAAUAGAGAUCUGUUUGAUGUCUUGCCUAGCAAAAGAAAAGCUGAGGAUGGUGGUUAUUUGUCUGAUGAUGAAGAGAGGAAAAAACAUAGGAAAAGCACUCAACACUGUGAUGGUGAGGCACCACGAAGCACUCUCGUGCCGUCCACGUGAGGCUGACAUGUACUUCGUGUCACCAUUGGAGUAUCAAUUCAGCUGUAGUGGCAGUCCACCUCGUCUCUCUCGCGGUGCCAGCAGCAGGAGGAAGCUCUUAUCUCCGGCAAAGGAGGAUAGUCGCCGGAGUAUGAAGGUGUGUGGGGAAACCGGCAUUGAAAGGAGGCGCGUGAAGGUGACGACGGUGUCGAGGGAGACGGAAAAGGAGAAAGAGCAUGAGAGGAGGGUAAGAUCGAGGAAGAGUGAAAGAGAUGAGAGUGCGGAAGAGCUUGAGAAAGUUUAAACUGAGUCAUUUUUCUUACUACUAAAAAGGGUAACCGUUGAGAGUGAGUGUUCUGUCCCUGCGUUUUUACACAUUCUUCAUAAACCCAUUAUGUUUUUUUGGUUUUGUUUUUUAUGGCCAUGCCAUGUGACCCUUUGUGAUAGAGUGGUUUUAAAUUUCAAAAUAAAUGAUGGAAGGGGUGUACCGCCCC